AUGAAGCGCUCCUUCAACAGGGCGAUCUCUGCAAAUUCCAGGUUCGUGUCUCACCAGUGGCUCAGUGCUACAAAUCCCGACCCCACCUUUCAGCAGCUAACCGUCCUUCAGACUGCGCUGAAGAACAUCCUCGCGGGCGCCGAGUUGAAGCGCCCACCGGCAGAUGAGCUCAUCUGGGGCCGCAUGAAAUCCCCCACGGUGGCCGACUUCCAGCAAGUCUUCCUGUGGUAUGACUACUUCUCGAUCCCACAGAGUGCUGCCAGGGCUGAGGAGAGAAGGGCAGCUAUUGAUUCCAUCUGCUCCUUCGUGUCCCGGUGCUUCUUCUUCGUGAUCCUCUGCCCCACCUUGCGCCAUGAGGAAGGCUACCUGGUCAGUCGGGCCACCUGGGCACAGCGUGGCUGGACGCGCAUGGAGCGCAUGGCGCAGGAGCUGGGCCGCGAAGAUGUUUGCGUCAUCUCGGUGCAGAUGGCUUCUCACCCAACCCUGGAUACAAGCAUUGGUGGAGUGGGCGAUCCUGGAAGAGCGCCUGGGAUGGGGCACUUCACAGUUGACGAUGACCGCAAGCCAUUGGGCUCGGUUAUGCACCAACUGAUCGGGAGCAAGUUGGCCUCCUUCCUUGUGAAGGGUGAUUUCCACAACUACAGGUUCCUGAUGUGUCUUCAGGGACGGUGCCUUGGUGGUCUUGGCACUGGGCCUUUGGAGGCCUUGGCGCCUGGGUUCUCCACCGAGAUCGACCCUUUCUCGGAGCCAGACGCCUUUGUGGUGGCGCGCUUCCUGCAUGAGACUGGCUUCAAGCAUGUGCGGGAACGCGAUGCUGCUGGCUGGACCCCCAUUUGCUACGCAGUCUUGAAAGAUGAUCCCUUUCUGGUGGAGGCGCUCGUGAACAGCAGGGCGGACGUCAAUGACUCCAUAUCGAAAGGGAAGUACGAGGCCAAGCUGCCUCGGCACCUUCCGAUCCUCCAGAUUGCUUGCGCAUACCAUUGCAAUCGGGCUAUGUGCGCCCUUUUGUCGGCUCGAGCCAACGUCAACGCGCAAGCUGGAAUUGGAGGGACGGCUCUCACCGUGGCAGCCGCCUACAACAACAUGGACGCCGUGCAGCUGCUCGCGAAGGCAGACGUCGAUCCGGACAUCGACGUGUUUCCAGGUACCAGUGCCUUCAAGGUGGCUUGUGGCCACAGUGGUCCAGAGACGAUUAGGGAGAUGAUGCGUCUCUUCCCAGUGAACUUGCGUUUCUCGUUGCACUGCGGGCUUGCUUUCUUUGCCGAAGGGCACACCGUCCGCUACCUCAUCGAAGCCAGGGCUGAUAUCAACGAGCAGCUGAGCAUUCCAAUGAGGAAAGGUACCUGGUGGGCGGUAUUGAAGGCACUCAGUCUCCGCCAUCGCUUUAGUCCCUCCCCCUUGACCUACUUGGCAUACCACCAUCGCGGAGCCACGCCCCUGAUGUUCAGCAUCAUGACCGGCAACUUCGAAGCUGCGUGUAUUCUAGUUGCAGCGGGCGCGCGCUCAGACCUUCGGAACUACCGAGGGAGAACUGCCCAAGACAUGGUGGAGGAGCUAGGUGCGCCCAUCUCACUGGAUCGAGGAUAUCUAGAGGCGUUGGGCCUCGCCGCGACAUCUCUCCCGAGGUGUUCUCAGGAAGAAUCCGCGGAGGUCGAUUACCUGAUCUCUGAAAGCGUCUGA